UUUUUUUUCUGUGCGAUUUAUUUUUUAAAGUACGCACAUCUUUUUUUCGGAAAUGUGCGAAUAAUUUUUCCGUUUGUUGUACAAGAAACCGGACCAAAUGCUUUGAAUAUGUCCAUCCGUGACUGUAAGUAAAUAAUGUAAAUGUUCUCAUCAAAAGGAAUCUGCCUUUAUUUAAAUGCUUCGCAACAUUACUCCUCGUUUUCUCUCUCAAAAGCCUUUUAAGACAUUCUUAAAGUCACAUUCCAUUCGAGCCAUGUCUACACCCAAUACGAUGCGUGCUGUCUUUUUUAAUGAACACGGUGGUGUUGAUAAGUUAAUUUAUAAGGAAGACGUUCCAGUUCCUCAAAUCAAAAAUGACUCUGUUCUCGUCAAGAACCAUUUUGUUGGUAUCAACUACAUUGACACCUACCAUAGAUCAGGUCUUUACAAGGUUCCUUUACCGUACACGCCUGGAAGAGAAGGUGCUGGUGAAGUUGUUCAAGUAGGUUCCAAUAUCAAGGAUUUCAAAGUAGGCGAUAGAGUUGUCUAUCUCUCUGGUUCUACUUAUGCCGACUACACGGACGUACCCGCUGAAAAUGUACUUAAAUUAGUAGACGAAGUGAGUUAUCAAGAUGCUGCUGCUGUUGGUAUUCAAGCCAUCACAGCAUGGACCAUGGUCCGUGAUGCCUACCCUAUCAAAAAGGGUGAUACGGUUUUGGUGCAUGCUGCAGCUGGUGGUGUAGGUCUUUUGUUGUGUCAAAUGGCUCAUCAUCUCGGUGCUACUGUCAUCGGUACCGUCAGCUCCGAAGAAAAGGCCGAGCUUGCUCGUCAAAAUGGCGCCACUCAUACCAUUAUUUAUACACGCGAGGAUGUAGUUAAGCGAGUCAACGAGAUUACCAAUAACUUGGGCUGUCAUGCUGUUUUAGAUGGUGUCGGUAAGGCCACAUUUGAUGACUCGCUCGCUGUGACACGCCGUUUGGGUACCUUGGUCUCAUUUGGUAAUGCAUCUGGAUCUGUGCCUCCAAUCUCUAUCACUUGCUUGACACCCAAGAACAUCAAGUUAAUGAGACCUAGUCUUUUCGCAUACUUGGCAACUCGCGAAGAAAUUGUUAAAUGGUUUGGCGAAGUAUUGGAUCUUUUGAGCAAGAAGAUAAUCAAAUUGCACAUCCAUAAGUUGUAUGAAUUGAAGGAUGCCAAGCAAGCACACACAGAUAUCGAAAGCAGAGGAACAACCGGUAAACUUUUAAUAAAGCUUUAAUUUGAUUCCCUUCUUUUAUUUUAUUGAGGAAAUAACUCUUUGUUAAUAAAUAGUCAUUGUAGAAAUAAUCA